AUGGCGGUCAAGGGACCGGAGUGUUCAAUCUGUCUUGAAGGUUACAAUGACCAAAGCAAAUGUCCUCGGAUACUGCCUUGUGGACACAGCUUUUGCCAGAUUUGCCUGGAGAGACUACUCCAUCGUAACAGCAUUCAUUGUCCCACAUGCAGAAAACCAGUCGGAGUUCCUACCGGCGUCGCGGGAAUGCCAAGGAAUUUUGCAUUAUUGGAAAUAGUGAACGAAACACCCAAUGAACAUGCUGGAAAUAUAGGACAUCCACUAGGCUCGUACGAAUGUGAAGCUUGUGAUGAGAAGCACCCUUCUACUUUCUGUUGCCUUGACUGCAGGGAAAACAUGUGCAAAACUGCGGCUCAGUUUCAUACUCGCAACAAGGCAAGUCGUGAUCAUCGGGUUGUUUCCCUUGAGGAGCUGAAAGCAAACCCUCGGUUGACUUCUGUAUCUGUUCUUUGUCCAGAACAUAACGAUCAAUUCCGUUUUUUUGACGAAAAUUGUGGCCGUGUUAUUUGUAGAGACUGUUACGCCCUUAAUCAUAGCAGGCACAAGAGUUUAGCUCUGGAUGAAGCUGCUUCAAAGUACCGACAGGAAAUGGAGGAGCUUGUCACCAAAGCCAGCACUCAAGUCGAAAAGAUUAAAGUUGCUGAAGCUCAAGUGAUGAAAGAAGUUGUUUUCAUGGAGAAAGCUUACAAAGAACGGCAUGCUGAAAUAAAAGGCUUUUUUAAAGAAGUAAGGCAUCUCUUUUUAUCAUUAUAUCGAAAGAUCGAGAGGGAAGCGAAACAUUAAUCAAUUUUUAAUUACUUACGAAUUUCGUUUAGCAUUUUUGUUUUAUGCUGCCAGUUACAUCAAGAAACAAAACUUCAUGUUCUGAACGUGGCAUGCAAAAACCAGUGAUUUGUUAAUACUUAAUGAUAAUAAGAAUAAUAACGAUAAUGAUAUUUAUUAACUUAUAUAACGCUAAUAUUUAUAUACGUAUUCUUUAACGUAUUAAAAUAUCAGGGAAAAAUUUGUGUUCGUAUUAAAAAUAUUUACAGGUUAUCAGUGAGAUAAAAAAUAUAAAAAACAACAAAAUAUCUUAAAACGCUUCCCUAAAUAAAUAAGUCUUACUGAAGUGCUUUCUUAAAGAAUUAACCAAGUAAAAUAACACAUGCCAAAGCUUAGCUUAUGUUAGGUGUCGGGGUGCCGCUACGGCACAAAAACGAUCGGUAGUCAACCGCUCGGCUCGCUUCUCUCGUCGAAGUUUUUUGCUGUUUCUCCCCACUAAUACUACGUAUAUUGUAUAAAUGAUAAAAAAGCUGCACUGACAUGAUUAUUGAAACCAUUGAACGUAUUUCAGUAAACGCACUUCGUAGCUAGCCUCCCACGCAGAAGUUAUGCGCAUGACGAAGUCCUAAGCAGCUCGGCUAUUAAAGAACGUCUGCGUUGGAGGAUACUGGUACCACGCCUGAGUACCACGUACGCUUAUGAUAAGGUACUGAGUGCAGACGUCUCCUAUUUCCUAAUACUUCCGGCUUGCACGCAGGUUCGCAUAACGUCAAGACGCGGACGUAUCCACAGUUUUUUUUUAUCUAGAUUGUUUGUUUGGAAUAGGUCUGCGGAUAUUACACAUGCAGUGUGUCUUUUCUUUUGUAUGUUUAUAGCUUCAUUCUGCGUUAAAUAACCGCGAGGAAGUUCUGAUUGCUAGGUUGGUGGGUCUAUAUCAUCACAAGGUAUCCAUUCUCAUGGGCCAGCGAGACCGUUUGCAACAAAACCAAGCAUGUUUAGAGAAUGCACUUCAACGAGCAAAGACCUCCAUCCAAUCUCCUAGCGAUGUUGAAUUCCUUCUCAGCAGGCAGGCUAUAGUGUCUACACUCGAAACCAAAGAAAGCUACUCUAUGGUGCUUGAGCCAGAGGCCCAGUUUUUGCCGGAGUUCACUAAGGACAACAGUAAGGAGGAAAAGAAAAGCAGAAAGGUAAGAAUGAUUCGGAUUUAUCAGAUCUAGAAGCAUCGGUCCAUUUUCACCUGAAUUUUCUACAAUUAAAUGUAGUUUUAAUGUUCAAUUUACAAUAAAAACUGGGUUAUUUUUCUUACUCCCGCUCCGGAAAUUGACUCAAACUCCUGAUAAGUCGAACUUUUUUCGAUCUCCCUCGAAGGUUCAUGUUAUUGGGAGUCUACCGUAGUACACACACACGUCACUGCUUAUUCUCUCACUUCACAAAUAUAUUUCUUUACGAACUUAUCCAACAGUUGUCUUAAAUGUGGUUGUCACAAAUCAGUCAGUUAUGUUAAGUAAAACUGCUAAGAAAGCGAAAGAGCGAAGGAAAUCGAGUGUUAUUAAAUGAGUUUUUCAAAAUUGUGAAAAUUAAAGUUGUAAAGAAUGAAAAAUAGGCAAACUCACUGCAACGAUCUCUCUCAGUCUAACUUCAUGCGUCACGGUGGUUCCAACAAGAGUAUAGAGGUGCUUAUUCAGAGCGCAGGCGACAUCAGUGACGUAUCAACAUGUGCGGCAAGGACUACUGCAACUGGCCUCGGAACAAGAACUGCAAACCCUGGAAUGAAGGCGACAUUCACUAUUAUUUCUUACGACAGCCAAAAUUGCCAACGCAAGCUAGGCGGCGACGUUUAUGAGGUGAAACUGAAGUCAGAUGUACGAGGAGACGAAAUAAAGGUAGAUUUGAACGACCAAAAGGAUGGAACUUACUUGGCAGAAUAUACUAUCCCCCUCGACAGGUGGUAUGGUAGUUUGACAUUGUCCGUGUGCUUGCGAGGUGCACACAUUAGAGGCAGCCCUUUUGCUAUAAACGCUGAGAUAAUAAAAAAAUCGGGUAACAAGGCCGUGCGAAAUAACACUCCUUUUUGACUAAGUGCGAGGAAGCGACCACGGGAAAAGGAAAGACGAGGUCUCGCUCGCUUUGUUCUCCUUCCUGCCAUCUUUUUCUAAUCCUUUGCCGGCUUGUAAAUGUUCGUAGAGAGAGGAAUCUGGAAACGAGUCUGUUAAGACUUUUAAAAAAGGCGGCACAAACUACCAGCCCCUUGUUCGAGUCGUGAAAGUGUUGAUUCAAGUGGUGCAACUUACACUUUGAGAAAAGAUUUUCUAUUCUUGUGCGGUUUGAGUACUUUAAAAAUAUUCCGCAACGGCUUUGGGCAACACAUGCAGAAUAAAUUAUUAUUUUUGAAAAAAUAUGACCUGGAAAUUGUAUGAUAGUGCUUCAAAUGUCAACUUUAAACAUUUCGCUUUUAGCUUUCAGUUAAUUUUAGACAAAUUUGAUACUAUUAAAAAACCAAUGAAAAAAAACCACCACAAUCCUUAUAGUUUUUCCUUUCAUUUUUGAAUUAGGUAAUCCCGAAGAGGUUUAAAUAACAAAAGCUCAAAUUUGCACAAAGAAGCAAACCAUCUAAGGAUUCUGGUCGUAGUAGUCAAAGACGUCAUCGUGAAAAUGGCCAUGCAGCUGUAAUUGUAACAACAAGAAAACCAAUAACAGCGAAGAAAGAAGUACAAAUUACUGUAAGCGUAGGAACCGAAUAUUAAGCAACAGCAACGUAGAAUUUAGGACUCAUAGUGUUUGACUGAUUUUGCUUUUUUAAUUUGGAUGGGCGUAUCAAUAUAAUGAUCUUCCAGUGUGUUCAAAACAUCAAGAAAUCUAGGUUUUUAAUCUAUUCUUUAAAAGAUGGCAGACAUUGCAAGGCAUCCACUUCCACAGCUUUAAGCCCCAAAGCGGGAGAAAGACAGUUUAUACAAUUUGAGUUCAGAUCUGUUACCAUAUAAACUUCCUAAAGUAGAUGCUCUUAUGUAGCAUUAUGAUGUAAGAGUGAGAACUGCUUGUUUUUUUGGAAUAGAUUUAGAAUGUUAAACUACAUUGUAGUUGUGUACAUCGUGUAUAAGAUUAAAUAUUGUUUAAGAUAUAUACAAAGCUCUAGGGUAAAACGUUGGCGUCAAUUUAGUAUUAGAGAGGUUAAGCAUCAAGUUUACGUCAAACGGAAAACGCGAAUUUUUACACGUGACCAAGUUUUUUCGUUUACUGUACAUUAUUUCUACACUUAAGUUAGCACUUUCACGCAAUUUUUUGUCCAUUAGAAUUGUUUUUAUCUGUUUCCAUCUGCUUUUCCAUUUUCUAUUUUGAGGAAUUCUCAACUUGAAUCUGACGUUUAAACUCUCUGUUGCAUGAUCACGUAUACCCAGGAGAUAGAGUAUCCGAAGAACUCUUUUAUGUAGUGACUUUGAAGCCGAGCAACUCAAUAUGUGACUAUAACGAUAAAUUAGUACAUAUAGAUACAUACAAACUUUAUUUAAGUGUCGGAGUCUUCUAUUGCCUAAGGAGACCCACUAAUCGGGGACACUUUUACUUAAAAAUUAAUUAUUGCAACACAAUAUUAAGAUUUAUAACUAUAGCUAAACGAAUUUUUUCAAAGUUUUUGUAGCAUGAUAAUGCCCGUAUUGAAAAUAUAUAAGUUAAUACAAGAUAUCGGCUUCUAAAAAUCCAGCUCAAUCCAAAUCGCAGUCAAUGAUCAACUAUCCAAGACUUCUAAAUAAUCUUACAAUAUACUUCUCAUCUAGUGAUAGAUAAGUUAAAAAAACAAGUGUUGCCGCGCUACAAAAUGAUGCAACCUAACAUGCAUGAGCCAAUUGGGUUACCAUCAAUCUGAAUAAUUAUUAUGUUUAUAGGCUUUUAUCAUCCAAAAUGCUGAGAUAUUUAGAUCCAAGGGUAGCAUUUUCACUUCUUUUCUUUGUUAAAUAUAAAGAUAUCAUUAGGUUUGUGAUUAAGGCCUCUUUAGCUUAGGAUAAAAGAGUUAGUUGAUAGGUUAGUUCAUUAGAUAAACGUCGGUAUAUGCACGUGUAAGAAUCCGCCGAAUUUACUCCUGAGUUGAAGUAUAUCAAAGGCCAUGGGAAAAUCUGUUACUUUGGUCUGUGAAAAGGUCCAAAAAGGGCUAACAGAUACAUUUUACUUUACUACUUAUUUUUUAUGAAAAACUCAAGAAAACGUUGUGACUACUCUCGUUCUGGUUUUGUGAUUUGUUCAUAUUUUAGAGAGGGUGCAUCGCCAGCAGUUGAAAGGUAUGUGAAAGCGGUACCACUUGUCAAUCACUGGUAAAGGAAAAAAUACUUUUCUGUCGAAAACGGUAUAUAUGAAAGGGAGCCUCCUCGUAAAAUAUUAUUUGACCUGGCCGGGCUUAAUCAGUCCACGUGAUACAAAGGCUAAUAAACCUCUGUACUUAGGUAAUGCGCACAGUGCGCACGACACCGUAUGUGUGGCUUUGUCUCUUAUUAAGGAAAAUUAAAGUUUUGUCGAAAGGCUAAAAGUGGCGUCAUUUUUAACGCGGCAUGCAACAUGCAGAAUUUAAUUAGAAGGGGAUGACUUGAGUGCGAGAAGCGGGCACACUGAUGAGUUGAUAACCAAGUACAGGUAAAGAUAAUGGAGACGAGGCUAUGGGGAGUGAAACUUCCGAAAAGUUUCAUGGCUGGGUGGGAGUGUUGUUGGUGUUCCUGCUCCUGUUUUUUAACUUAAAAGGAAGCAACAAGGUUACCCUGGGUGCCAGAGACGUCCGGCUUCUGUCAAGUUUUUAGAGUGACCAGCGCGAAAAUUUUUUUUUUUUUUUUCUGGACCUCCCCUCCCCUCCCCUCCCCUGCAAAAGCAAUGUCACAUCAUCACGUGACCAAAAUAGUUCACAGCGGGAACAUCAGUGGAGAGACUGAUUGUGAUGGCAGUGAUGGUCAACGCACUUGCUUUAUUGAUCCUUUUGCGUCAGUUAAGGUACGUACAACUUCUUUAAUUAAAAUAUUGCAAGGUACAGCUUAUUGUUAGGCAAUGGAAUAGACUAAUUCACGCUUAUUCUCCUAUCGCUUACCUCGGUGAUGCUGUUUACCUACGUACGCAAGUCGUCACAUUUUGUUUGGAAAAUUGUUGAUUAUCAAGUUCAAUCUGUGGAUGAACUCUUAUUGCUUUAUCAUUCUUGCAUUCCUCUCUUUCAAUUAUUUCAUUUGGUGUUAUCAACUUAAGUCAAAGUGCUUCCACCCGACUGAAUGUCCUGAGCAAUCUUGCUUUGGACUCCCCACCGCCCCCGUCCCCUCCCCCGUCCCCCUCCCAGGAAUUUCCAUUCCAAGGGCUGCUUGUCAGACCCCCCAACCCCCUGAGAUUCCCUUAAAUUUUCCAACUUGGUUAGGCACCCCCGGAAAGAAUGUUUCCAUCAAAAAUGCUUUUACACUUGUCUAUAAUGCAAAAGUUAUUGUUUCUGCAAUAAAGAGAGAAAAAAUCAUUUUCACACUAAACACCAAGUGGACUUCAAUAAUUACUUUCUUGCAGCUAAAACCUGUUUGAAGAAGGCUUAGAGCAGGACCAAAUUAAAAUGAAUACUAAUAUAAUUUUGCUUAUAUUGUGUUCUGCAGCAACAGUUAGAUUAAACUGGAAGUUUUAUUCAUAAGCCAAUUACAACUAUCUAUCUCAUAAGCUGCGGAAAAAGCAUUCUGCCAACCCUAAAUAAAAGAUCAUCAAUGAAAACAAUAGCAGAGCAGCUGCUAGUUUUUUAUAACUCACCAAUCUUACUCGCGGUCUCCAAAAACAAGACCUUGAGAAGCCACCCCACACUCCCCCCGGAAAUUGCCUCCUUUUGGACUCCCCUCCCCUCAAAAUUUUUUACCCUCUGAGGGGGUUUGGAUAUUUUCUGGACUCGACAUUGCAUUGGAAGCAAAAAUAUGUGCUUGAAACAUGCCUAACUAUAAUCUCACGUCACUUUACUCUAUACAGUCUCAAUCUUUCCCUUUGAAAUUGUUCAGCAGGGCUUCUGCAUGUCAUAUGAAAAAGAGACUAUGGUUUAAGAGACCAUGGCAAAAGUGUCAAGCCCAAUUGCAUAAAGCAGCCACUUGCGUAUUCAAUAUAAAACAGGACUAGUACACUUAUGAAUCAGCUAUGGGUACUCUUAGGGUACGCUAAUCUUAGUUCUUACUUCUAGCCUUCUGGGGUAUAAUGUUGUGUAUAGGGGCUUACUUAGAGGUACCAAGCUUUGUCAUAGUUACUUUGACUGACUGAGUUUUACAUUUGAUGUAAAACUAUCAGUAGGGUUAAAGAAUGUGUUUAUUAGUUUUAUAAAAUAUGCAGCUUUAGAUCAAAUUUGAACAGCUGCAUCUGUUUUCUAAGAAUUCUCAUAUUUGCUUCAUGUUCUUCAGUCCAUUGUUGUUCUUCAUAUAUCUUCUUUAUGUCCUUUCCUCUAUCUCAUCUUUCAAUAACAUUGUCCAACUAGUAAUAGAAAGGAUCCUCCAAAUUAUACCAGGGGUGGGGGGGGAGGAGGAGUACCAGCAACUGAACAGUUAUGCCGAUGAAAGCAAUGAAAGUGAAGACACUGAGUUGACUAAAACAUACUGAAUUAGCGAGAUCCUUUUUUCUUUUUAUUUUAGUUUUCAAUAAAACUUACUUUUUCAUUCAUUUGUGGAAAUUAUUGGUUAUUUAUUCAUUUUAGGCAAUGACAUCAAAGAUACCAGUGUCCAAUCUGCUUUGAACAUUACAAUGACCAAAGCAAUGCUGCCUUGACUGUAAAGAAAACAUGUGCAAAGCUGCAGCUCAGUUUCAUACUCGCAACAAGGCAAGUCGCGAUCAUCAAGUUGUUUCCCUUGAGGAGCUAGAAGCAAACCCUCAGCUCACUUCUGUAUCCUUCAUAUGCCAAAAACACAAUGAUAAAUUCCGGUUUUUUGAUGAGAAAUGUGGUCAUGCAGUUUGUAGGGAAUGCGUCGCUCUUGAACACUUUGGUCACUUGUGUUUACCACUUGCUGAAGCUGCCUCCAAGUAUAGAAAGAUGUAA